UUAAGUGUUAGGAUAUGUUUGUAUUUCACGGAAUUUAUAAAGAACUUGUUUUAUUUUUUAUUUUAUUACAACUGCGUUUUUUUGUUGCAUUAACUUCUAAAACAUUUUUUCAGCCAGAUGAAUAUUGGCAAUCUCUUGAGCCAGCGCACCAAUUUGUAUAUGGAUAUGGAUAUCUUACAUGGGAAUGGCGUGAAGGAGCAAGAGAUUUUGUUUAUCCUUUUAUAUUUUCUAUUGUUUAUUGGCUCUUAAAACUAACUAAAUAUGAUUCUUCUUAUUUAAUAAUUAUUUUUCCGAAAUUAUUACAAGCUAUAUUUACAACAAUUUCUGAUUUUUAUACUAUAAAACUUUCUUUGAAAUUACACGGUGAGAGGGUAUCUUUUUGGACAUUAUUUAUUGUUAUUACAUCUCCAUUUAAUAUUUUUUUUGGAUAUCGUACAUUUUCCAAUACUCUAGAAACAGUUUUUAUAAUUUGCGCAUUAUAUUAUUGGCCUUUAAAUUUUAAAGGUUUUCAAAAGAAAGAAUUACGUUUUUCUUUUAUUUUUGUUUCUAUUGCGUGUAUUUUAAGGCCUACAAAUAUACUAAUAUGGCUAUUUUUAUUAGGAUGUUUAUUUUUUUGCGGUAAUUUUAAAUUUAUUUUUGAUGUUUUUAUUAUAGGAUUUAUUUCGUUUUUAUUUCUUUUUUUACUUAAUUUUUAUUAUUAUAAUAGAUGGACACUUCCUUUUGUUAAGUUUUUAAAGUUUAAUUUAAUUGAUGAUUUAUCUGUUUAUUAUGGUUCAUCCCCGUGGCAUUAUUAUUUAUUCCAAGGUUUACCUAUACUUUUGUUUUUAUAUCUACCUUUUGGUCUUCAUGGGGCAUAUCUACAUAGAAAAACGAUAUAUUUUCGACUUAUUAUUUUUAUCUUGUUUUGCUAUUCGAUGAUUCAGCAUAAAGAAAUUAGAUUUAUAUACUUUUUGUCUCCUUUGUUAUAUAUUUUUUCAGCUAAAUCGAUUUCAUAUGUUCCAAUGUUUAUUAUAAAGAAAAUGGUUUCAUUAAUUCUGAUUAUUAAUGUUAUUGUGAUAUGGUAUAUUAAUCAGGUUCAUCAACGUGGAGUUAUAGAUGUUAUGGGAUAUAUAAGGAAUAAUCUGGAUGUAUUUGGGGUUGUAUUUUUAAUGCCAUGUCAUUCUACUCCAUGGCAAAGUUAUGUACAUAGGCCGGAUAUACAAAUGAGAUUUUUGACAUGUGAACCUCCUACAAGUUUACAUCAAAAUAAUAUUAGUAUAAAAUAUAGAGAUGAAGCUGAUCGAUUUUAUGAUGAUCCUUAUUUAUUUCUUCAAAAGUAUUUUGUUUAUGAAAGUCUUAACUCUACAUUACAGGAUGGAUUUUUUUGGCCUUCUCAUUUUGUUUUUUUUGAAAAUUUACUGACAAUAAUUGAUAGUCAUGUUAAUAUAUUAGGGUACAAAGAGUGUGCUAGAUUUUUUAAUUCACAUUUUAUUGAUGAUUGGAGGCGUAAAGGAGAUGUUAUAGUAUAUUGUAAGAAAUAA